AAAACUGGGGGGCGGGGCUUAAGUAUCCAGCCAGUAGAAGAGGAGCAAGGAGCCGCUCGCAGGCACCGCCUCCCGCCCAGCUGUGGCAAAGCUGUGGCACUCGAGCAUGGAAAAGUAAGGGGCUGCGUCGGCAGCUAGUGCGGCCCUCCUCUUUCCACUGCGCCUGCGCACGCCACGCGCAUCCUCUCCCGGGACCUUCGCUCGAGAAAAGUUGCUGCAAACUUUCGAGUCCGUUUUCCCCGCCCCUCCUCUCAGCCAGAUCCGCCUCUUUCCCCCCCAACUCCACGGAGCCGGGAAUUCCGAAGGGCGGAGCGCGGCGUGGAGAUGGGGAGUUGUGGGGGGCGGGGGGCGCUUCAGAGGACCCUGGAGACCGAAGCGUGCAGAAGCUCAGUGUCGGGGCGGAGGUGCUUCGCGCCCUUAACCUUGGACGGCCCGUUACCUUCUCCAUUGUCCCGAUGGGGAAACUGAGGCCCUGAGCCAGAGGCACACGCAGGGGGAGGCCGAAAGCGCGGCCUGAGACGGAGGGAAAACAAAGGGAGAACCACGGACAGCUGGGGAGGGGGCGGACACACUGACAGAGACCCGAAGGCAGAGCUGGCAAUAGCGUUUGGGCCGGGAGGGGGGCGAGAAGAGCGCCUAGGGAGGGCGGGGGGCCUCCUUGAAGAGCCUGGCAGGGAGGGGGCUGGGGAAGCCCGAGGGAGGCGGAGAAGGAGGGAGGAACUUCCCAAAGUUGCAAAACAUGGCUACCUUGCCUGCCGAGCCGAACGCGGGGCCGGCGGCCGGGGGAGAGGCGGUGGUGGCGGCGGCGGCCACCGAAGAGGAGGAGGAGGAAGCGCGCCAGCUCCUGCAGACUUUGCAGGCGGCCGAGGGGGAGGCGGCAGCGGCGGCCGGGACCAGGGCGGGAGAAGCGGCGGCCGGAGCGGAGGACUCCAGGUCCCCCGGCGUCCCGGGGUCGUCCCCCAACACCGCCGCCGAAGCGCCCACGGGCCUCCGCUUCUCGCCAGAGCAGGUGGCGUGCGUGUGCGAGGCGCUGCUCCAGGCGGGCCACGCCGGCCGCUUGAGCCGCUUCCUGGGCGCACUGCCCCCGGCUGAGCGCCUACGUGGCAGCGACCCGGUGCUGCGCGCGCGGGCCCUGGUGGCCUUCCAGCGGGGUGAAUACGCCGAGCUCUACCGGCUGCUGGAGAGCCGCCCUUUCCCCGCCGCCCACCACGCCUUCCUACAGGACCUCUACCUGCGCGCGCGCUACCACGAGGCCGAGCGGGCCCGCGGCCGUGCGCUGGGCGCGGUGGACAAAUACCGGCUGCGUAAGAAGUUCCCGCUGCCCAAGACCAUCUGGGACGGGGAGGAGACCGUGUACUGCUUCAAGGAGCGCUCCCGCGCCGCGCUCAAGGCCUGCUACCGGGGCAACCGCUACCCGACGCCGGACGAGAAGCGCCGCCUGGCCACACUCACCGGCCUCUCGCUCACGCAAGUCAGCAACUGGUUCAAGAACCGGCGACAGCGAGACCGGACUGGGACUGGCAGCGGUGCGCCCUGCAAAAGCGAGUCUGAUGGGAACCCCACUACUGAGGAUGAGUCCAGCCGAAGUCCCGAGGACCUGGAGAGGAGUGUGGCCCCCGUGGCUGGGGAAGCCCCCAGCCAGAGCUCUAUCUUCCUAGCUGGAGCCAGCCCUGCAGCACCAUGCCCAGCCUCCUCCUCUAUCCUGGUGAAUGGGAGCUUCCUGGCAGCCAGCAGCCCCCCAGCAGUCCUCCUUAAUGGCAGCCCAGUCAUCAUCAACAGCUUGGCCCUGGGGGAGGCCUCCAGCCUGGGGUCUCUGCUGCUCACAGGGGGAGGGGGAGCCCCUCCACCACAGCCCAGCCCCCAGGGCGCCAGUGAGACCAAGACUUCCCUGGUCCUGGACCCACAGACAGGAGAGGUUAGGCUGGAGGAGGCUCAGUCUGAGACCCCUGAGACCAAAGGGGUACAGGGGCCUGCUCCUGGGGCAACUGGAGAAGAAGCCCCAGGGACCCUGCCCCAAGUAGUUCCUGGCCCCCCAUCCACCUCCACCUUCCCUUUGACCCCAGGAGCUGUGCCCACUGUGGCCGCUCCCCAGGUUGUGCCCCUCUCACCCUCAUCUGGAUACCCAACAGGCCUGGGCCCCACCUCCCCCCUGCUGAACUUGCCCCAGGUGGUACCCACCUCCCAGGUGGUGACCCUGCCUCAGGCUGUGGGGCCACUCCAGCUGUUGACAGCCGGGCCAGGCAGCCCUGUGAAGGUGGCAGCUUCCACGGGCCCUGCCAACAUGCACCUGAUAAACUCUGGUGUGGGAGUGACUGCCCUGCAGCUUCCCUCGGCUACUACCCCAGGGAACUUUCUCCUGGCCAACCCUGUGUCUGGCAGCCCCAUCGUCACCGGGGUGGCCGUGCAGCAGGGCAAGAUCAUCCUCACCGCCACCUUCCCCACCAGCAUGCUGGUCUCCCAGGUCCUGCCGCCAGCCCCCAGCCUGGCCCUGCCCCUGAAACAAGAGCCAACCAUCUCAGUGCCCGAAGGAGCCCUCCCAGUGGCCCCCAACUCUGCCCUCCCAGAGGCUCAGACACUGGGCUCCAUCUCUGUGCAGCCACUGCCACCUGCCCCUGCUGUCACCUCUGCCACCAGCCUGCCCUUCUCCCCGGACUCCUCAGGUCUCCUGCCCAGCUUCCCUGCACAUCUGCCUGAGGGUCUGAUGCUGUCACCUGCAGCUGUGCCCAUCUGGCCAGCAGGACUGGAACUGAGCACAGGGGUAGAGGGGCUGCUAGACACGGAAAAAGGACUGGGGACACAAGCCACCCACACUGUGCUGAGGCUACCAGACACUGAUGGCCAGGGGUUGCUUCUAGGAGCCACAGCAGGGGUAGAGGUUGAUGAGGGGCUGGAAGCUGAAGCCAAGGUCCUGACGCAGCUGCAGUCAGUGCCUGUGGAAGAGCCCCUGGAACUGUGACCUGGUCCUCACCACCUCCUGACAAUGGUGCUCAAGGUGCUGGGACAGGACCAGGAGGGACCCUUGGGAAACUAUACCCUCCAAAGUCCUACACUACAGCCCUCCACCCUGGACCAUCUGCAAGCCUUCAAGAGCCAGGGGGACUUGCCCUGGUCAGGUGCUGGAUGUCUCCUGAUGGGAUCCCUGUUCUUCCACUGCCUGCCGUGUGCAUGGGGGUACUAGGAGUUAUGCUUGGGAUCUGCCCUCCUACACCUGGUACACUAGUGAGCUGAAGACCCUGCUAAGUGACCGAUUUCCAACAAGGCACCAUCACCCCACCUAACACUAUUAAUAGCUGUACUGAUGCCCAGUGUUCCCAGAUUGUGACCAGAGACUGACAGUCCCUUCCUACUGAGAAGGGACACCGGUGUGGGCAGGGACCCUUCCCAUUUCCCUGGACUUGAGCCCUGGGAUCACCUCCAGCCCCAGACCAAAGAUUAUGUUUGUCCCCCAGGGCAACCCUGACUUAUGUCUAGUUUGUACUAUAAAUCUUUUAUUUUUCUAGAACAUGUUAUGCCUCCAUUU